GUAGCUAUCACGCUAUGUAGUAUUACUGCCUUCAUUUGCUUCCGUUACUCUUACCUAUGUCCUAUUUCUAUAUGCUCAAGCAUAUGUUCAGAUAGCAUGGCAAACUAAUCCUCCCCCUUAUUAUUUUUGUCAUUCUCAUCUUUUUUCCCUUAUAUAAUACUUAUGAUAAGUGGCACGAUGAAACUCUCGCCUAUCUCCCUCCCCAAAGAAGGAUGGAGGCGCACUGGUCUUGUCAAUCUCGCGUGUACAUGUAGUUGUGGUAUUCUGCUGCUUGCUUAUCUAGUUGUUAUGAUGACCCAACGGGGAUCCGCACUUAAUUCUACUACCAUCAUCCUCGAGGGCGAGUGCCAGAAAACGCGCCGGGCUAAUUCAAUUCUUCAUAUCCUCAUAAGCGUUACGUCUACUCUCAUCCUCGCCUCGUCCCGCUUCUUCAUGCAGAUAUUAAGCUCGCCGUCGCGUUUGGAGAUCAACCGCGCCCACGUACGACUUCGCUCAUUGGAGAUUGGGAUUUCAUCGGUGAAGAAUCUUCGUUUUCUUUCCAUACAUAAGACUAUCGGCUGGGCUGUACUUCUCAUUAGCUCAACUUCAAUACAUUUGCUUUUCAACAGCUCGGUCUGGGAGACUCAUUUUCGAAGCUCGGAGUGGCACCUUACCGUGGCUUCAAGUUCUUUCAGCACCCUCGAAGUGGAUUUCUUCCCACCUGGAGCUAGCUUGGCAAACGCCGGAUGUCCGAGUCUCAGUUGGAAUGAUGCUCCGGAAGACCCAGCAUGUCGAGACCUCGCGGGGUAUGGCGAAUAUGUAGCCUUGGAAGACUAUUGGGACAAGAAAUCUGCCGCAUUCCGCAAUAUUACAAAAACGGCGAAUGAAUCAAAAUAUUGGCAGAAUAUUACAUCGAGUGACUGUAGGAAAUACUACGCGUCUUGCAGGCCGAAAGAGAAAUAUCGGGAUGUCGUAAUUGUUGUCGAUACCCAGGUUGAUAAUCCGGGAGGAUGGACACGUACCCAGGUCUUCAGGGACCCGUCAGACGUCCUGGGUCUGAUUUGGGACCUACAUAUGCCUAUAGACGACCUGAAUUCCUUGUGGUAUUCUACGCAAUGUAGCGUCAAGCUCCCCACAGCUUUCGUCUAUCCUGACCAAGCUGACCUGUCAACUGCUUAUUGCAUAAAUAGUUGCGGACGUGCUCUCGGAUUCAAAUCGGAAGCCAUACCCACGAACCAGUCGGCUUCGCCAGAGGCAGAGUGGAUAUUAAAUUUGCAUAGACCAUCGCCAUGUAGUGUUUCUAAUGAGAAGAGGUUCGGAUACAACGACACAUUCAAUCACUUUCCUGUACGAUAUUGUCUGGCAGAGCCAUCUCCAAUAUCGCAAUGCUAUGUCGGGCUAUCAAAUAUCCUACUACUCAUCACGAUAAGCUGCGUUUUCAUAAAGGCACUCGUAUGUGCAUUAGUAGUGAGCUACCUCCCUAAUACCUCAUUAGUCACGCUAGGAGACGCACUCGAGUCGUUCAUCGCGGAUCCAGACCCGGUAACUUCGGGCUUGGGCACUUUUAAUGUCUACGAUAGCUAUCGGAUUCAAUCCGAGCCACUCGCGGAUGCCAGGACCGGUAGCGCAGAUGAACUUACCGAUAUACCUCGGCCUCGUGUUUGGAAGUGCGGUGCGAAAAGACUUAUAUCUGUCGUUCCGAGAAGCGCGUGGUCUGGUACCCUGGUACCCAUAGUCUGCUUCGCAUGUGUCGGGAUGUAUUAUGCGAAUCAGUUGUUCGUAUUCGACAGAGUGAGUCUGUAAUCAAGGAAAUCUAGGGACGACUGGGUUACCCUUUUUCAGCCACGGACUUAUUAAAGAACAUGGGUACUUGAAUAUGCUACUCGCAGCCAGCUUACCGCAGUUUAUACUGUCCUACUCCUUUUAUUCGUACACGUUCUUAUUUACACGUUUAAUAUCCGAGAUUGAAUUCAAUUCCUAUAGCCUGGUACCGCCUAAACCACUUCGUGUAUCAUAUCCCACGGGCGACCAGGUUUCAACCUAUUGGCUGCA